AUGAGACUUUUCCACUACGCACAUUUUCUUUCCGGCUUUGACUACAGCAUAGAGUAUAGAUCAUCAGCUGAGAACAGUAAUGCAGACUACCUAUCCCGAUUCCCAGUUGACAUGAUAGCUACAAACAUUAUUGACGUUAAUUGUGCCUUCCAAUUGCAACAAAUUAACAACAUUUCGAUUGACCGCCAAACGAUUGCGGAUGAAACCCAAAGGGAUUCUGAAUACGAGGCUGUAGUAGAGGCUUUGCAGUCAGGAACGAGUGUGACGCGAUACGGUUAUAAUGAUAAUGAGCUGACGCUGCAGGAUGGGUGUAUUUUAAAAGGCACUAGAGUUAUGAUCCCAAUUGCCAUGAGACAGGCAGUACUGGAAGACAUACAUACGGGUCACCUAGGAAUAGUGAAAAUGAAACUCCUAGCACGAGGCUUUGUUUACUGGAAAAACAUCGAUAAAGACAUUGAGGACCUAGUUAAAGGUUGUCGUGAGUGUAGGCUAAACCAGAACCAACCAGCACGGGCACCACGCCACCCCUGGGAGACCCCUAGAACCCCUUGGCAGAGACUCCACGUUGACUUCGCGGGUCCUAUUCAAGGACAAUCGUUGUUUGUCAUUGUGGAUGCAUUUUCAAAAUGGAUAGAGAUUAUUCCCACUAAGACGACAACAAGUUCAUGGUGCAUCUCCAGAUUGAAGGAGUUAUUUGUAACAUUUGGUUACCCGGAAAUAAUAGUAUCAGAUAACGGAAGGCAAUUUGUGUCAACAGAGUUUGAAACAUUUCUCAAAAACAACGGGAUAGUUCACAAGACUUCAGCUCCGUAUCAUCCGGCGACAAACGGACAAGCGGAACGUUCUGUCCAGACUGUCAAGAGGGCAUUGCAGGCGGCGAAUGCUUACCCGGGUACCAUACAGGAAAAGAUACUGGAAAUUAAAGAGCAAUUGAGAAGGACGCCCAGUGUCAGCACUGGCAAAAGCCCAUAUGAAAUCAUGUUUGGGAGGGAGGUGAGGACGUCUAUACAUGUGCGAUAUAGGAGUACUGUAAUUGACAACACAAGAAGCAUUCCCCAACACCCGCAGACAAGGACGUUCUCCCCGGGCCAAAGAGUACAGAUACGAAGCUACAAGAAAAACAGUAAAUGGGAAUUUGGAACUGUGUUACGAGUACUGGGCUAUAUCCACUACCUUGUCGAAACGGACGACGGUGAAACCUGCAAGAGGCACGUCGACCAGAUGUUACGGUCAGCAAUAGAAGUGCGGAACUAG